UGCAGAGUGAAUACAGAGUAGAUGUUUCGUCCUUUCUGUGCUCUCUCUCUCUCUCUCUCUUGAAUUAUUAGAAUCGAACAACCAAGAUGUCAUAGUCUUAUAGAUCCGUUACUUCACUAGUCUUUUCCUUUCUUCUCCUCUGUUCUUACAGGAACAUAAAUCUUGAUUUAUAUCUCCUUUCGUUGUCUCAUUGUGAUUUCAACGAUCGAUUCUUGUUUCUUUUCCCGUUGAACCAUUAAUCAUCUCGAACCUGAUCUGGGUUUAUUUUGGAUCCCCUGUUCUUCAAGUCCCCCUAAUCUCAGGAGAUUCCAAAAGGUAUUGAGGAAAUGGAGCUUCAGUCUUCAACAAUGGAGCCCUCUCUCCUUGUCUCACAUUCUAUAUUCGAUGAGAUCUAGGUGUACAGAGUUGGUGAUCUUUCGUUUCUCAAUGUGUGUCUCCAUUUGUUUGGAGAUGUCGUAGAGAUGCGUUAAAAGGGAUGAUAGAGACAGGUUUGGUGGGUUUCCCAUGGAGAUGGUUUACUGUGUUGAUAGGUUUGAGGUAAAGCUAGAGAGAGUAAAAGUGAUGAAAUCAUGAAAGAGAUUUCUAUCUGAGAUAGUUAGAUCUGGGAGUGGUGGUUUUAAUCGAGAAAGCGAUUCAGAAAAUAAAAUAUAUUAAGUGUACAGAGAGUGAGACACGGAGAAAGAGAGGGAGAUUCGGAGAUUUGAAGCCAAAAAGUUCCAUUUUAAGAUGAAGAAGAAGAAGAAGAUCAGAAUCAGAGAAGAAGAGUAUUAAAGCUUCAAUUUUUUACAUUCUUAUUAUACUCUGCAACAUCAUCACAGUUUCCAUGGGGUUUCUUCUUCUUCUUCCAAGGUACUUCUUGAUCAUCUCCUCUUUCUUCGUACUCUCUUCUCUUCCUCUUUCACAAUCAGGUGAUGCAGAAGCACUUUUAGCUCUGAAGUCUUCCAUUGAUCCUUCAAACUCUCUUCCAUGGCCACAAGGUUCGGAUUUCUGCCAAUGGACAGGAAUCAGAGAAUGCAUAAGAGGAAGGGUCACAAAGCUCGUUGUAGAACAUUUCAACCUAACCGGUACCUUGGACGAGAAGAGCUUAAACCAGCUCGAUCAGCUCCGUGUAUUGAGCUUCAAGGCAAAUUCGAUCUCCGGCGCAAUCCCCAACAUUUCAGGCCUCACUAAUCUCAAGUCUCUCUUCCUCAACGAUAACCACUUCUCCGGUAAUUUCCCAAGUUCCAUUACAGGUCUUCACCGCUUAAAAGUCAUCGUCUUGUCGGGAAACCAAAUGUCCGGUGAGAUUCCGUCAUCACUGCUCAAACUCCAGAGACUCUACGUUCUUUACUUACAAGACAAUCGAAUCACCGGAAAAAUCCCUCCUCUGAAUCAGACUAGUCUCAGAUUCUUCAAUGUGUCGGCUAAUCAACUCUCUGGUGAAAUACCCAUAACCGUUGCACUCAAACAAUUCAACUUCUCAUCGUUCUCCAAUAACCUCAAUCUCUGUGGCGAACAGAUAGGGCAUCCUUGCAGUAAUCAUGGCCUCUCUCCUUCUAUUAGCCCCAAUUCUCCUCCUUCAUCAAAGCAUCGUCGAAGAAUGAAGCUGAUCAAGAUCAUAGCAGGAACCAUUGGUGGGUUUUUACUGCUAUUGAUUUGCUUAUGUUUAUUAUGUGUUGCUUGCAAGAUUUGCAGAAGGAGAAGAAGAAAAUCAGGAGAUGUAAGGAACAAAGAAGUAGGCAUUAAUGUAGGAGGCAGAGGAGGAGAGGGCUCUGGUUCUGCUGCCAAUGGCAGGGACAGUAAUAAUGGGAGAAAACAAGGUGGGUUUUCGUGGGAAGAAGAGGGGCUAGGGAGUUUGGUGUUCUUGGGAGCAGCGGAUCAACAUAUGACGUACGUGUUAGAGGAUCUGCUGAAGGCUUCAGCGGAGACGCUUGGGAGGGGUAGUAUUGGAAGUACAUAUAAAGCUGUGAUGCAGACUGGGUUCAUUGUGACGGUGAAGAGGCUGAAGGAUUCAAAGUACCCAAGACUGGAAGAGUUCCGGCGACAGAUGGAGUUGGUGGGACGGCUCCGGCAUCCUAACUUGGUUCCAAUUAGGGCUUAUUUUCAGGCCAAGGAAGAGCGUUUGCUGGUGUACGAUUACUUCCCCAACGGCAGCUUGUUCUCCCUCAUACACGGUACAAGAGCAUCAAGUGGUGGGAAGCCUCUUCACUGGACAUCCUGCCUCAAAAUAGCAGAGGAUGUGGCAGCAGGGUUAGUUUACCUCCACCAAACUCCUGGCAUGAUACAUGGAAACUUGAAAUCCUCCAAUGUGUUGUUAGGAUCAGACUUUGAGUCUUGCCUCACUGACUAUGGGCUCAUGUCAUUUAAAGAUCCUGAUUCAGUUGAAGAGACAAGUACUUCUUCCCUCUUCUAUAGAGCUCCUGAAUGCAGAGAUCCAUUGAAACCUUUUACCCAAAAAUCUGAUACCUACAGCUUUGGUGUUCUCCUAUUGGAACUCUUAACAGGAAAAACUCCAUUCCUAGAUCUUGUCCAUGAACAUGGGGCUGACAUUCCUAGAUGGGUUCGUUCAAUCAGACAAGAGGAAAUGGAAUCUGGGGAUGAUCCUGCCUCUGGGAAUGAGACAUCAGAAGAGAAACUUGGGGCCCUCUUAAACAUUGCAAUGGCUUGUAUGUCACUUGUUCCUGAGAGCAGGCCAGUGAUGAGUGAGGUGUUGAGAAUGGUAAGGGAUACAAGGGGUGAGGCUCAGGUAUCUUCCAAUAGCAGUGAUCAUUCUCCAGGGAGGUGGUCUGAUACAGUUCAGAGCUUGCCAAGGGAAGAACAUUUGGGCAUAUGAGUAUGGAUUGGGGCUGAGUUCACUGCCUAAGGGUUUUUUUUACUAUUUUUUAUUUUAAAGGAGACAUUGUAGAUUGUAGAAGUAGAUGAUUAGGUAUAUUAUUUAUUUUUUUCCUUCUUUUUCUCCCUUCAUUAGGGAUGGGGUUUUAUUUGGUGGUUAAUUGUAUUCAGAAGUUGUGGACAAACUAUGGAGAUGGUUCUCUUCUCUUCUUUAAAAGGGUAUAAAAUUUGCUUGUAUAA